UGCUGAGUGCGCAUGCCCGGAAUCCUGAACGUUCACUGGUUAUAAAAGAAUCGUGGGCCAUGACGUUCUGACAGACUCCCAGAAUCCUGUAGUCAACUUGCAAGGUCAGAUUUGUCAGCAAAAUGGCCGGGAGUUUGUCAUUGCUGCGAGCAAGUCUCAGAAACAUUGUGUACGUCCAAAUGCGGCGCUCCUCAGAUCAGGUAUGGCCAAGCGUGUCCUGUCCUGGGAUUACUAACCUUCACUAUGCCCGUGUGCGAAUUACACUUCUAUGUACCCUCAGCCAGCACUAAGGCAGCGCGGACGAUGUAGAAAAUGAAGUUCAAGUUGCUCACUGUCCUUAUUAGCAGUGAGUGCCUUGGUGUAGGAGGACAUUGGUCAUGGUAAUGACAAUUAGAAUGAGUGGGAAGGCCGGCCUGCCUCUACUGCUGAAAAAGAUGGUUAAUGUUUGAGUUCUGGGUGUUAGGGCGAUCUAGAAUUCUAUGUCAUUAUUUCGAUUUGCUUUAUUCUGUGCUAUACUGAACUAGGGUUACAUUAAAUUGAUCACAUUGGCCUUGUUUUUGAAGUAUCAGCCUCUGUUCUAGUGUAAUGCAAUAGUUAGUUAUUUACCUCCAGAGAUACAGAUAUCUAUGUGUCUGUGAGGAUUUGGUUAAUCAAUUACUCUUAAAACAAAGGUGAUGCAUCCAGUGAUGAUUUGCUUACAUUGGAUAACAUUUUGUUUGGUUUCACGUAUGUGACUAUUAAACACUAACACACACAGUCCACCACCACCCCACCCCUCCAGCUACAUAAUGGGAUUAAAAAAAAGUUGGUCAACUACUGGAUUAGAAUUUUAAAGGACCACUAUAAGCACCCAGACCACUUUAGCUUAAUGAAGUGGUCUGGGUGCCAGGUCCAUCUAGAAUUAACCCUUCCUGCUGUAAACAGCAGUUUCAGAGAAACCGCUAUGCUUAAAGGACCACUAUAGUGCCAGGAAAACAUACUCGUUUUCCUGGCACUAUAGUGCCCUGAGGGUGCCCCCACCCUCAGGGACCCCCUCCCGCCCGGCUCUGGAAAGGGGAAAGGGUUAAAAACUUACCUUUUUCCAGCGCUGGGCGGGGAGCUCUCUGCCUCCUCUCCUCCGAUCCUCCUCCUGGGCUGAAUGCGCAGCGGCAAAGUGCGCGCAUUCAACCUGUCAAAUAGAAAGCAUUUACAAUGCUUUCCUAUGGACGCUGCGUGCUCUCACUGUGAAAAUCACAGUGAGAAGCAUAGCGCCUCUAGUGGCUGUCAAUGAGACAGCCACUAGAGGAAAUAGGGGAAGGCUUAACCCAUUCAUAAACAUAGCAGUUUCUCUGAAACUGCUAUGUUUAUAAAAAAAUGGGUUAACCCUAGAAGGACCUGGCACCCAGACCACUUCAUUAAGCUGAAGUGGUCUGGGUGCCUAGAGUGGUCCUUUAAAUAUGGGUUAAUCCAGCCUCUAGUGGCUGUGUCAUUGACAGCCACAAGAGGCGCUUCUGCGAUUCUCACUGAGAUUUUCUCAGUGAGAAGACGCCAGCGUCCAUAGGAAAGCAUUGAGAAUGCUAUCCUGUGGACUGGCCGAAUGUGUGAGCGCACGCGCAUUCAGCCGAUGACUGGGAAAGGAAGAGGAGAGUCCCCAGUUAAAACCCCUUCAGUCAGUUACUUGAAUCCAACGCUGAUGUCACUCAGUGCUGGGUCAAGCUCCGCUCCUUGCCACCAUCGGGGGAGACCUAUUGUGCAUGUGCGGCAAUGGCUGCGCGCAUUAGACGACCCCAUAGGAAAGCAUUAUUCAAUGCUUUCCUUUGGGGAUUCCGGCGAUACUGUAGGUCCUCAUGAAUAGCGUGAGGACGACCAAAAGUCGUCUAAGAACCCGGAAGUCCCUCUAAUGGCUGUCUACCACUAGACUUAACCCUGCAAGGUAAUUAUUGCAGUUUAUAAAAACUGCAAUAAUUGCGCAUGGAGGGUUAAGGGUGAUGGGAGUUGGCACCCAGACCACUUCAAUGAGCUGAAGUGGUCUGGGUGCCUAUAUUGUCCCUUUAACCUUGCUCACACUUCAUUGCUCUCUUUGGGGAUUAAAAUAUCAAUUGAAAGAGUUGCAUGGCAAUCUUGCUUUGAGCUCUGCAUGCAACUCACAUGUCUGUUUGGGGCCACUAAAAUGGCCCCAGGUGACAGGGGAGAACCAGGUAUCUAUUGAUAUAUGGGUUUUCUUUUGUGAGCAGGAAUAUAAAACUGCAUAACAUUUAUUGUAACAAAGAUUUAUUUAAAUCCUUAAUUGAGCAGAGCAUAGGUCAGUAUGGGGCUAGCAUAUUAAUGAGGUCAAAAUCAAAUGCAUUAAAGUUGUAUUGGUGCCCAGAGUGUCUUUAAGUAAUUUGUAAAGUAUACAUACAUCUCGUGAGUGUGUGCAUUCAUUAACUUAGAAAGUUUGUUAAAAAUUUUUGUUACUUUUCCACUUUGCUUCCUGUUAAGACUGAACAUAUUUUUAAUCUUGUCUGUUUAGUUGGGAGAACUGGGGAAAGGUGCUGGGAAAGGAGGUGGAGGAGGUGGAUCGAUUAGAGAUGCUGGUGGUGCUUUUGGCAAACGGCAAGCUGCAGAAGAGGAAAAAUAUUUUCGGUAAAUAUAACCAAAUAAUGUGUGUAAAUUAUAACUGCAUUAAGUGUGGUGGUUUUUUUUUGUUUUGUUUUUUUUGUAGGAGGCGGUACACAAAGGUUGACUGCGGCUCCUCAAUUAUUGUACCUCCUUAUAGUGUGUGUCACAUUUGUUGAAACUUUUGUAUUUCUGCGUUUGGCUCUUAAAAUUAGAAUGAUGCAUAUAACUAGAAAUAUAAUUUCAUGCAGAAUGUAUUGCAACAAAUGUGUUGCAUUGUCUCUAUUCUGUCAAAUUUUAUGGCAAAAUAACCAGAAAAGGAAAACUGUCUUGUAUAACAUGAAGUGGAUUUAACUCAAAACUUGCCAUUGAGACUAAUUAUUCUGAAAUCCAAUCCAGUGUUAUGACGCAGCAUGAAACCAGUACAGUGAUAGAAUGUGUCAGUUUCCAUUCCCAUGAGUGUCAAGUUGGCCACAGUGCUGUUGGAUUUUUUUUUUUUUUUUUUUUUUUUAUUUUUGCGAAGUUAUAAGACUGGAAAAAAGUUAUAAGACUGGAAAAAAGUUGACUGGUCAUUCACAAAGCAAUGUAAAAUAACUGGCACCAUAAAAACCUUCAUUAAGAUGAAGCUGUUUUAGUGCCUAGAGUGUCCCUUUAAAGCAGCGCUGCCCAAAAGUUAGAUCUCCAGAUGUUGUAAAACUAAAACUCCCAUAAUGCUUUGCGUGCCUUUAGAAUGACGAAGCAUCAUGGAAGCUGUAGUUUUAAAACAUCUGGGGAUUUACCUUUUGGACACCUGCUUUAAAGUAACACGAAUGACACCAUAACAUCAUCACAAUAAAGUUGUUAUGGUGCUAGGAGGUCCUAGGUGCUGGUUUACCUUUAGGGAUUAAACUCUUCAUGAAUGGUUAAAACUCAAUUCUCCUCUACAGCACUGGAUCGACCUGCAUCAGCUUGAAAACAAGCUUAGAACUGCAAUGAGCAAGAGUGCAGCCGACUUCAGAAGCUUGUCUUACGCUUAGUGGCACAAGCAAUUUUUGCAUUUUUUUGUUUGCGUUCAACUGCAGUUUGCAUUUUAGUAAUUUAUUGCACUGACACAUAUAUUAUAUACAGAAAGGCCUUUGAUGAGAGAGAGAGUGAUAGGGAUGAGAGAUAUAUAUCUCUAUUUAUUUGUGGUCGUUUAAUAUCGUAUUGUGAAAUACCUUGUGAUUGGAAUUAAGUCUUGGAAGAAUGUCACGUCUGUCGUAUGUAUCUUAGUGCAAGCGAAUAACACUAUGGUGAUAACUUGUUGGGGAUGCUGAAAUGCGGAUUAUGUUCGGGUGUUGUCAGUAAUCCCUAAUAGUUAUGUAAAUGCUGCAAUCCCUUCUCCGAUGUUGCCUUCUUAGGACAUACUGAAAAAGAAUAUGACCACAACAAUGAACUGAUUAACAACAAUACGGUUAAGUAAUAUAGAACUGGCUGGCUAACUAGUGCCAAAGCGAAAAGCUCUCUACCCUGUGACAAGUGAGGCCCUGCUAGUUGCCAAGCGGCUGGUGAGAGGCUCUACCUAUGAUUUGGGCGUGGGGCUCGAGCCACUAGCAUGGUGGCGGCCUCUCGGUGACUGUAAAAAAAAUCCAAAACGUGUGGCCGUGUCAGGUGAGGCCCUAACUAUAAACCCGAUAGGUGGGUGAAUGCGAGGCACUAACUAAGAUUUGGGCCGAGGGGCGAAAAUCUCCUCGUUACGAUUGGGGAGUUGGCCUCGCAGGACCAGCUACGUUGUACAGCUAAGGCCAGCUUCUUUGACCCUAGACGGGGGCUUGAUAAGGGGGUAACGUAAUGUCCUUGGUGAACCCAAGUCGUGGUUUAUGAUCGGUACAUGGAGAUUCCUAGUCGGAGAAAGAGGAAAAAGAAGGGAGGGGAAGGAGGAAGAAAGAAGAGGAAAGGAACUGUGGUUGAGGGAAAGAAAAUUUAAAUGCAGUAUAGUGCAGUUCUUGGAGAUAUAUUUGUGGUUGUUUAAAGGACCACUAUAGUGCCAGGAAAACAUACUCGUUUUCCUGGCACUAUAGUGCCCUGAGGGUGCCCCCACCCUCAGGGUCCCCCUCCCGCCCGGCUCUGGAAGGGGAAAAGGGUUAAAAACUUACCUUUUUCCAGCGCUGGGCAGAGAGCUCUCCUCCUUCUCUCCUCCUCCGUUCCUCCUCCUGGGCUGAAUGCGCACGCGCGGCAAGAGCUGCGCGCGCAUUCAGCCCGUCGCAUAGGAAAGCAUUUGCAAUGCUUUCCUAUGGACGCUUGCAUGCUCUCACUGUGAAAAUCACAGUGAGAAGCACGCAAGCGCCUCUAGUGGCUGUCAAUGAGACAGCCACUAGAGGAUUAGGGGGCAGGCUUAACCCAUUCAUAAACAUAGCAGUUUCUAAAUAGGUUAACACUAGAAGGACCUGGCACCCAGACCACUUCAUUAAGCUGAAGUGGUCUGGGUGCCUAGAGUGGUCCUUUAAUAUCGUACAGUAUCCUUAGACCCUGAGGGUGCUGAAGAUUCUUGUGAUGCCUACUAUAUAUUCCUUAAGGGAGAUGUAGGAAGGUGCUGUGCCAAGAAAGUGUGAUAGUACCUGACGGAGAGAGGAGGGUAAAACUAGCAAGGUAGCGAGUAACAAGACGUUUGUUACUGAUAGUGAGUUUGAAUGAACGUAUGACGAGUUGUCGAGUGUAGCCGUGGCCUGACGAGGCAAGGCAGGAAUCAAGCCCCUGUACCCCAAUCGUGUAACAACGUAGCCUUAUAGAGGCCGUUUGGAAUGUGAACGAAAAACAUAUUUUUAAACCUGAUAGAAACAGGCGACAAUAGCGAACCAGUAAUUAGUCUAAUGGUAGCAGAUGACAAUAUGAAACAACCAUAGUAAUUUGUGAAACUAAUGUAUAAUUUAUAUGUGUGUAUGUGUGUGUGUGUGUAUAUAUAUAUAUAUAUAUAUAUAUAUAUAUAUAUAUAUAUAUAUAUAUAUAUAUAUAUAUAUAUAUAUAUAUAUAUAUAUAUAUAUAUAUAUGUGUAUUGUGUGUGUGUGUAUAUAUAUAUGUAUAUGUAUGAAUAUGUAUGUGUAUUGUGUGUGUGUGUGUGUGUAUAUGUAUAUGUAUAUGUAUGUGUAUUGUGUGUGUGUGUGUGUGUAUAUGUAUAUAUGUAUAUAUAUGUAUGUGUAUUGUGUGUGUGUGUGUAUAUAUAUAUGUAUAUGUAUGAAUAUGUAUGUGUAUUGUGUGUGUGUGUGUGUGUGUGUAUAUGUGUAUAUGUAUAUAUAUAUGUAUAUAUAUAUAUAUAUAUAUAUAUAUAUAUAUAUAUAUAUAUAUAUAUAUAUAUAUAUAUAUAUAUAUAUAUAUAUAUAUAUAUAUAUUGUAUGUAUACGAAUCAAGAUGCACUCACAGGUCUUCAGAUAUAAGAAAAAAAUGGUGCUUUAUUAAUCCAUGUGCGGUAUACAACAAAAAUCAAUCAACGUUUCGACCCUGCUGGGUCUUUUUCAAGUAAUACUGUCUUUCUUUUUUAAGGAGAGUGCCAAGCUAUCAUUUUUUUUUUUUAAAUUAUAUAUAUUUAUAUAUAUAUAUAUAUAUAUAUAUAUAUAUAUAUAUAUUACACACAAACAAAAUCAAUAUUUCCCUUAAAGUAUGGGCUGCGUGGAGGCACAGGUGAUAUCAAUUAGGAAAACUGCAGUCUGAGACAGACAAUAGGCAGCUGUUCAUGAGAAUAGCUCUCAUCAAAUUCAGGCAGCCACAUUAUACUCCAAACUAACUGUUUCAUAUAACUCGUACAUAAGGCUUUAUCACACUCAGCUGCUGUAUAAAAUCUGCCUUACUUGGUGCUGAUUGUGAUGGGAGUGGUGAUCCUGGCAGAUAGCGCAGGACCCGAACAGGUAAUGAAGCAGACGCUGUGCUUGCAAGGUAUUUUAAGGACCGCGAUCUGCAGGCUCGCUAUGCAGAGCAAACAGACUGAUGCGGCAAAUGGUUUCCCAAUCGUGGGAAGGAGAUAAUUGAGUGAGCUGUGAAAGGAUCUGACACCCACAUUACCCCGUCUGUGCCCAGUCAGGCACUUGUCCCCUCACGAAUUUAAAGCCCUUCUCUGGGCGGAUCGCGAGCCCCAUGAUAGUACAGGGCUUCAUAAAAAGGAUUAUAAUGAUUUGUGGUAAUGGCACUCAGACUACAGGGGAUCGGGGAUAACUACUUAUAUUCAUGAUAAACCGGUCACGUUUAGGCUGUAAGCCUUUAAACCCAAAUACCAUAACCGGCAUGUCCAGCGAUAGAUAUACCAAAUAUAUAUUAAUUGCAGGUAUUGUAAUUAUGUACUGGAUCGCAUGGUAUCGGGAUGAUAACUUAAUACAAUUAAAAUACUCUAUUUUUCAGAGACGGUCAAUCACCUUAAAUGUCAGUACCACUUUUCCAUGUAUAAUUUGUAUUAAGGGUUUCCAUUAUGUUCAAAACAGAAAAAUAUAACUGCACAGAUGUUGCAGGAAGUACAUGAACAAUCACUACCACAAACAUACCAUGGUAUUAUGCAGAAAAUCAUGUGACUGGACAUGUAUGCGCUGCAGACCGGGCUUGGUAGAAUACACAAAACCAACAUUUUGAUUAAUUUUGUUUUAUCAAAACAACAAAUAGUAAAACAUUUAAGGGAACUUGGGUGGACCCACAGGGGGAGAAGGUGCAUGCGUGCAUUCAGUCUUUCAAUAAUACAAUGCAGAUAAGGACAAACUUGAACGAUCCCAUUAUAGGCUGAUCACAGAAAAUCCACAACGCACUGUAAUGUAAAUUGCAUAUGUUUGAAGACUGCAAAUUAAAUUGGAGCUUAUGUUUUAUAGCCCUUUACACGUAUGCUAAAUUGUAAUGAAAAGUUGCUGAAACAAUUUUAGGGCUGAAUCUAUCCGAAUUUCUGUUAUUUACUUUUAAAGUAGACAUCCCACUUAUCUGUAAAUAGCAAUUACUAAUUCCUCAUACCUGUAACUUAUUGAUCUGUUUACUGGGUUAAACAUGCCAUACGCUCUUGAUAUGCCAUCUACAGACAAUUUAUGUGCGACAGUUUAACUAUAAAAACAAUAUUGUGAUGGCAGAGACCGUAAUCAGCACUCAUGGGGUUAACUGUAAAAUGAACUAAAUCAAUCCUCAUUUAUAUGCUUUGAUACUACACAUGGGAAAACACUACUGAAUUUCUGUGUGAAAAUGAAUAAUUGUAACAGCGUUCGCCUGUUAGCCCGUUCAAAUGUUUGUUCGUGUGAACAAGCAGGGAAAAAACAAAAACUUACGAUAUGAUUGAACUUGUCGAACUAGGUGAACAGCGUGCGUACGGCAAGGUAGGAAGGGGGGAGUAGCCUUUAAAUAGGAACGCUAACUCCUCCCACAAAUACAGGCCAUGUGUGUGUAUAUUAUAUAUUACAGAAAAAUUUAGUUUUUUUUUUUGUUUUUUUGUUUGUUUUUUUUUGUUUACAGUUUUUGCAAUAAUGUGUGCAUAAUUAGUGCAGGUUAAGGAAAGUAAUAAAAAAAUAUUCAUUUAGUUGUUCUGGUUUCCAGAAUAUAAUGUGUCUGGGAUUUAAAGUUUUUUUUUUUUGGGUAGUUACAGGUCACAAAGCACAAGGAGUAAAAUAAACUUUUAAUGUGGAGCGAUUUUAGAAUUUGGUAUGUUUGUCUUGUAAGCUUAAUAACCAUAAAAGAAAACAAAAUCGCCACACAAGUAUAUAUUUAUAUAAAGUAGACAUCACGGGCUAUUGUCUUAAGGUUGUUUUGACACUUUCUACGUAGCCAUUUCACUGCCAAUCUCUGCUAAAUAUUGGAGUACAAUUGUGUUUUAUUUAAUUUUUUUGGCACAAAAGCUUAUGACAAAACUUCUCAUGUGUAUUUUGUAAAGUUGGUGUGUACUAUUGCUGUACAAAACUUUGUGUACAGCUACAUCUGCUGAGUACAACGAUACCCCCAUUGUAUGUCUUUGGCACUAUUUCGUGAAGCUACGGUGCCAUAUAGUAGACCUGUCCUUUUUUACUAUUUACAGUAGAAUUUUGAGACGGAUUUAAUGGGCCUAUGUUUCAAUUUGGGGUAUUAGAGCAGUUUGACUGUUUUACAAAUGGUAGGCCUUUGUGGGUUUUUUUAAGUAGACACUCCAGGGUAUCUCAUAUGGUGCAUAUUGUGCCUUAACAUGCCCCCAUUUUUUUAACCAAUAUAUGUAAAACCUAAUUUUGGGCCUUUGGUACAUACGGAUUAAAUUUUUGCUGGCCAUUUUUGUAUAUUUAAUAUGUGCCACUAAGUUCAAACACCCCCACCCAAAUUAUGCUCAGCUAAGCCUUCUGAGUAAAACAAUAUGCCCAAUGUAUGACCUAGACACUAUUUUGUGAAGUUACAGUGCUGUAAGACGUGACCAGUUCAGGUUUUUAAGUGUGAAUUUUCAUGAAGGGUUUUGAUGCGUCAGUGUCCCACUUUGGAGCACUUGAGCAGGCUACAUAUUACAACUACACCAUUAAGGCAUACUAUUUCUUAAAGAACACAUCCCAGGGUAUUCCAAAAGGCAUAUUUUGAACCUUAGCAUGGGAUCAUUUUUCCGCUAGCUUGUACCAAGUGUGUGUUUUGCCUUUUUGACAGUGAGUUUGCAGAGUAUAUUUUGCAAACCUUAUGUAUGCUACGACUGUAUAAUACUUCAUUUGUUGAUCAGCUAUGUGGUCUGAGUACAGCAAUACCCCCUGUAUGUACCUUUGCCAGGUAUAUAUGGAUGUUGAAGGGGCACAUUUGAGACGCAGCCAUUCAGUUUUUUUUCUAACUUUGAAGUUUUACGCUGUGUCCAUGUUCCAUUUUGGAGCAGUUUAGAUGGUUGAUUAUUGAAACUUUCCCACAAACACAUACUACUUAUUAAAGAAUACACCCUGGGGUAAUUAAAAAGGCUUAUUUUUCUGUCAUAUGGUGGCAGUACAUGUGGGUUUUGCCCCUUUCCUGUGGACAAGCAUCUAACAAGAUUAAUUAAAUCAACAAACCCCUCCCCCAUGACCUAUAAAAGGACUAUCCGGCAAAACCUACCCCAGUUUCCUUUCUUGUCCAGAGAGGGAAGGACACAGCAUCUGGAUGGUGAGAAACACAGGCUGCUGGUCUGGGAGAUCCAGUCCGAGAGCUGCCUGUGCGGUUAGCUGAGAGACCAUGCUCUUUCCGUUAAAAAAACAAAACAAAAAAAACGAAAUUUGUUUGGCAUAGAUGAAGCUGUGCAGUACCCACUGACAGCAUGGAUGCUUGCCAGAAGUGGUAUGCUGUGUCACCAGCCGCCCCACAUAGCUCAGAGGUAUUUUGAGGUAAAAGUAAUCUUUCCUUCAAAAUUCUCUGUAAAAGUUUAUACACUUAAUUUACAAGGAGUAUGAAGCUACGAGGAAAAGAGGACGGAGAGUGGUAACAUAAAAAACAAAAACAAGCUUUUAUUUCAGGAUGGGCAAUGUUUUGGUCCGCUUUCCCUAUAGAGAAAGUUUCGGCAUUUUAACCCUAUGGACAUAGGGCUGAUAUCUCCUGCAGAGACACAGUGUGUAUCCACUAUAUGCUCUAUAUAUGAGUGGCUGUGAGCAGUAUAUGUACCCACUAUAUGUUCUAUAACAAGUUGCUGUGAGCAGUAUAUGUACUCACUAAGUGAAAAACCAGAUGGAUUCAAAGUGCUUAAGAAUAUCUGCAGUGCUGCUGCACUACCCCCAAGUGACACAAAUUAGCAAUAGAUACCAAAAAGUUGGAGUGUGCUAGCAACUGCACUAGAGUCAGGAUCUUCUGAGUACUCUGAAAAAAUAUACAGUAUAUAGUGCAGACUAUCUGUAUGUACAGGAUAUGCAAAAUUAAGUGUGUCUGGGGAUCAACUCACAUGGACCAGAGCCCUAUCACCCCUGGCUCUGGGUUUGAAUUGCUCCAAUGGAAAGGGAUAAACCCACAGUAUAGCAAAACCGGAUACUCUUCUGAAUCAGAUGUAAUAUCUAGGCAGUAUAAAUAAAUAGAGGCAGGAGCCCAAAUUGAAUAGUAUCAAACACAGUAUUAGAGAGAGAUAGCUCCAUCAGACGCGCUUUAACAUUCUAGGUCUCCACACAUCCGCCUUUCCCGUGGUUCCAGUGGGCAAAUUCCGAUGUAUGACUCUAAAAUGGGAGUUCCUAUCAGCCUAGUCGGGAAAGGUAGAGGAUCUAGAUGUGUGGGGUUUUUUUUUUUUUUUCUUCAGAUUUUCCAUCGAGUAAAGCUCUACUUUCUUGGUGGAAAUCCUCAGAGUUCCCUUCAGGAGGCUUGCCUUCCGUCUAAAGAUCUUGGUGAUCACUACAGAUGCUACCAAACCUGGUUGGUGAGCUUAUCUAGUCUCCAUCAUGUUUUGUGGUCUAGGUUAAGGGAGAACACAGAUUUCAGGGGUUUAAAGCUGUGCUUCCCACCCUUCAUCUCUUCAGACCGUGGAUACAGCGGAAGGCCGUAAAGAUUCAUACGGAAACUUGUACAACGGCUUGAUACGUCAACCGGCAAGGAGGAACCAGAGUAGGCGCUCUUAAUCGCCUGCAUGCGGUUAUCUUCCUGAGGUGCAAAAAUAUCUAGUAGAUAUUUCGGCAGUUCAUAUCAGAGGGAUUGACAAUGACAUAGCCGUCAAGCUCAGAAAGGGAAAUUGGAAUCAGAAAGUUUGGUCCUUAGGUCCAUGUAAUUUUUAUGAAUACCAAUCAAAGAAUACCUCCUUUUACAGAGGAAUGUGUAUAACAGAGUUUUUAAACAGAUACAGUGAUUUACAAGCUGCUCUAUACACUUAUGCGGAAAUAUCCUCUAUUCCACGAAACAAAAUUUGAAUUUUUUAGUGUGGUGUAAGUUACAAAAGACUUAUACCAGUAAGUGGAGCGCUCUAACACAUAUAGGUAGAAAAUGGAUCAGCGCUGUGUGAUGUGAUCAAGUGGAAAGCUGCAGCCUAUAGGUAUGAGGUUCCCUCUGAAGUCCUCAAAAGAGAAAUAACAAAAACAAGAAUAAUAGGUUGCGCUACGUAAAUAUCAAAUGAAAAAGGGAUAAAUAUGGCAAAACACUUUAAAACGUAAAAGAGGAAUAAUAUGUAUAGAGAAAAAGGGGAUUUAAUAAAUAUAUAUAACAAAUAUAUAUAUAAAAAGAUAGUCCAAAUUUUUGAUAUAAUUUAAAAAGUUCAAAUAAGUGGAUGAUAGUGACAGUACUUGGUAUAUUUCUCUUUCAGGUUCCGGUAAGUAUUUGGAGGUAGAGAGUCCAAUAAGAGACUGAAUCUUCUAAUCUUUAGAGGAGUCUUGAUUCAGAGAUGAACAUGGAAAAUAUAAGCAACAAAGACGAUCCAAUAGUGUAGACUGUCUGUGAUAAAUAAUAAUAAUAAUAGGUAGGUAGUACACUCACCUAUCUUAGAGCAUGAACUUGCUCUAGUAUGUUGGGCGUUCAGUGGCGUUUAUCCCCCACUGGUAGGAUAUAGGUGAAGGUAAUUCCUCGGUAAUAAAAAGGAGAUAAAAGCAGAAUAUAGUGCUCACUGAAUCAAAAUGAAAUAAAGUGAAAUAAAAGGAAUACAAAUACUCACAUUCGAAUGAGCAGGAUAAACUGCUCAGUAUAUUCGCAUAGGUGGUACAAUCCCCACCAAGGAUUCUUGGUUGUGGGUAGAUUCCAAGUUGGUGAAUGACCAGGUGACAGGAAAUAUUUUUAAAACAAAAUUUUUAAAAAUAAGAUAAAAAGGUAUAUGGCAAAAUUGAUGUAAAAAAGCCACUAUUCCUUUAUUAGUACAAUAAAAAAUAUAUAAAAUAGCCAAAACGCGUUUCGCCACACAGGGCUUUAUCAACUGGCAAUAAUAAAAAUCAGCCUGGUACAUAGAUACUUUUAUAAACUAUGAUAAAACAUGCUUAUUCAAAUUUUGGCGCCAAAAUGACGUCAUCCAUACAGUGUGUAAAAAGCAAAAUGAUUAAUAACAUAAAAAUACAUAAAAAUACAAAAUGCAUAGUAUUCAUAAUUUAAAAUGUAAAGUAAUACAUAAUAUUUAAUAAUAAAACGAGUGUUAUUUGUUGAAAUAAUAGAUAGAAUCAAAAAUCAUGUGAUCGCAAUCUAAUGCGAUCACAUGGUGAACACUGAGGCAAUAUGGGAAAUGUAGUGACAGGGGAGAAAGCAAAAAUAGAUGGUCACGUGAUCGCGGACCUUCGCGAUCACGUGACUGAUUGCACACAUCGAUAUAGGGUGUAGCCGCUCAGACGGAGGUCGGCAGCCUACGGCACGCCUCCGUCUGACAUCAAUGGUGGGGGCGGUGUAUACCGCGAGUGCUCAUGGGGUGUGUAGUGUUCAGACGGGGGCCGGCAACUAGGGGCACGCCUCCGUCUGACAUCUACAAAAAAGGGGCGGCGCCUAAUGCCGUUCGUGAUCCACCUUGUGAAAAAAUAAAAAUAAGUGGCAUAACAGCCAAAAUUAAAACUAUUAUGAAUAAAACAAAUAUGAAUAUAUAGAACAAAUAUGAGUAUAAAAACAAAUAUGAGUAUAUGAAGGAAUAAGAAAAAGGAAUAAUAGAACUAAAAAAAGUGAAAGGUGUAUUUAGGAGCUAAAUAGCUAGGUAUAUAUUGUUAACCUUAUAAAUAAAUAAAGGGUAAAAAGUGAGAUAUAUAUAUAUAUAUAAUAAAAAAUAAAAAUAAAAAUAAUUUUAUAAAAAAUUGAAAAGGUCAAAUUCAGCGUUCAAGCCCUCAGGAAAAAGAGUCUUAAGUGUAAAAACCCAAUACAUUUCUCUUUUGCCUAAAGGUUUUUAUAAUAUCUCCACCUCUCCAUGGGAGAGUGACUUGUUCUAUACCAGUUACUUUUAGGAGUGUCGGAUCUUUAUUAUGUAUUAAAAAAUGCUUGGAAACUGAGUGACUCUCAUAACCUCUCCUAAUGUUACGGCAAUGUUCUGCUAGUCUCACUUUAAGGCAUCUUUUAGUCAUGCCCACAUAUUGGAGCCCGCAUGGACAUUCCAAUAAAUAUAUCACAUUUUUGGUAUUACAACCUAUAUAUUCUUUAAUGGUGUAGGAGGUUUUAGUAAUAUUAGAAGCAAAAUGGAUAGUUUUAGAAUUUGUAAUUCCUUUAGUUGUUCUACACACAAUACAUUUGUUACACUUAAAACAACCUUUUGGUCUAGAUAGAAAAGUUUUAUUUUGUUGUACAUUCUCUCUUGUGUAGUUUUUUGUGAGGAUGGUUCUGAAAUUGGGGGCCCCUCUAAACACAACAUUGGGUCUCUCUGGGAUGUAGUCUUUUAAAAGGUCGUCUUGUUUAAGGAUAUGCCAAUGUUUAUUUAGAUUUUUUUUUAAAGUUUUAUUUUUAUUGUUAAAAUCCAAAAUAAUGGGUAAUUGAGGAGGAUCUACUUUUUUCACUUUAUAUUCAAGAAGCUCCUUUCUUUGUUUCGUUUUAACUGUCUGUAAGGCUGUAUUUAACUUGUCUGCCUCAUAAUUUUUGUCUAAAAACAUAUUUUUCAAUGAGGUAGAUUGGGCAUUAAAAUCAACUGUUAAGGAACAAUUUCGAUGAAGACGGAGGAAUUGGCUUUUGGGGAUACCAUCCAACCACGGUCUAUGAUGGCAACUAGUUUGGUCGAUAAUCGUAUUAGUGCAAACUUCUUUAAAAAAGGUCUUAGUUUGAAUACGUCCAUCUUGAAUAAAAAUAUUUAAGUCUAAAAAAUUAACUGACGUUGUACUAAAAUCUGAAGAUAAAACUAUGCCUCUAUCAUUGACAUUUAAAAAGUCUAAAAACAGUUUAAGAGAAGUUUCCGAGCCUUGCCAAAUGAAAAAUAAAUCGUCUAUGUAACGAAAGUAAGAGACCAGGUUUGCCCGCCAGCUAUGAUCCCCCCAGACCGCCGUAGAUUCCCAAUCGGCCAUGAAGAGGUUAGCAUAGCUGGGGGCAAACCUGGUUCCCAUAGCUGUACCUUUCUUUUGAAUAUAAAAAGAAUCUAAAAACCAAAAGUAAUUGUUUGUAAGGAUAAUUUUUAUACCUUGUAUAAUGAAAUCGAUUUGAGAAUCUGAAAUAGAACUAUUUUGUUUUAAAAUCCUUUCCACUGAUUGGCAACCAAUAUCAUGAGGAAUUAUAGUGUACAAUGAUUGCACAUCACAUGUUACCAAUAUAUAGUCAUGGUGCCAGUUAAAAUCACUUAAAAAAGAUAAAAGAGUCAUAGAAUCUUUCAAAUAUGAUCUAGUUUGUUUAACCAAAGGUUGUAAUAGAAUAUCGAUAUAUUCAGAAAGAUUAGAUAGGACAGAAUUAAUACCCGAUACGAUAGGUCUCCCUGGGGGAUUUUCUGCAUUCUUGUGGAUUUUCGGAAGAAAGUAAAUCACUGGGAUUUUAGGAUAAGGAAUGGUGAGGUAGUCAAAUUCAUGUUUGUUUAAAAUUCCCAUAUCUGAUCCUUUUUUUAAAUAUACAUUUAGAAUUUCUUUGACCUUAGAGGUGGUUGGUUGGAUGGUAUCCCCAAAAGCCAAUUCCUCCGUCUUCAUCAAAAUUGUUCCUUAACAGUUGAUUUUAAUGCCCAAUCUACCUCAUUGAAAAAUAUGUUUUUAGACAAAAAUUAUGAGGCAGACAAGUUAAAUACAGCCUUACAGACAGUUAAAACGAAACAAAGAAAGGAGCUUCUUGAAUAUAAAGUGAAAAAAGUAGAUCCUCCUCAAUUACCCAUUAUUUUGGAUUUUAACAAUAAAAAUAAAACUUUAAAAAAAAUUCUAAAUAAACAUUGGCAUAUCCUUAAACAAGACGACCUUUUAAAAGACUACAUCCCAGAGAGACCCAAUGUUGUGUUUAGAGGGGCCCCCAAUUUCAGAACCAUCCUCACAAAAAACUACACAAGAGAGAAUGUACAACAAAAUAAAACUUUUCUAUCUAGACCAAAAGGUUGCUUUAAGUGUAACAAAUGUAUUGUGUGUAGAACAACUAAAGGAAUUACAAAUUCUAAAACUAUCCAUUUUGCUUCUAAUAUUACUAAAACCUCCUACACCAUUAAAGAAUAUAUAGGUUGUAAUACCAAAAAUGUGAUAUAUUUAUUGGAAUGUCCAUGCGGGCUCCAAUAUGUGGGCAUGACUAAAAGAUGCCUUAAAGUGAGACUAGCAGAACAUUGCCGUAACAUUAGGAGAGGUUAUGAGAGUCACUCAGUUUCCAAGCAUUUUUUAAUACAUAAUAAAGAUCCGACACUCCUAAAAGUAACUGGUAUAGAACAAGUCACUCUCCCAUGGAGAGGUGGAGAUAUUAUAAAAACCUUUAGGCAAAAGAGAAAUGUAUUGGGUUUUUACACUUAAGACUCUUUUUCCUGAGGGCUUGAACGCUGAAUUUGACCUUUUCAAUUUUUUAUAAAAUUAUUUUUAUUUUUAUUUUUUAUUAUAUAUCUCACUUUUUACCCUUUAUUUAUUUAUAAGGUUAACAAUAUAUACCUAGCUAUUUAGCUCCUAAAUACACCUUUCACUUUUUUUAGUUCUAUUAUUCCUUUUUCUUAUUCCUUCAUAUACUCAUAUUUGUUUUUAUACUCAUAUUUGUUCUAUAUAUUCAUAUUUGUUUUAUUCAUAAUAGUUUUAAUUUUGGCUGUUAUGCCACUUAUUUUUAUUUUUUCACAAGGUGGAUCACGAACGGCAUUAGGCGCCGCCCCUUUUUUGUAGAUGUCAGACGGAGGCGUGCCCCUAGUUGCCGGCCCCCGUCUGAACACUACACACCCCAUGAGCACUCGCGGUAUACACCGCCCCCACCAUUGAUGUCAGACGGAGGCGUGCCGUAGGCUGCCGACCUCCGUCUGAGCGGCUACACCCUAUAUCGAUGUGUGCAAUCAGUCACGUGAUCGCGAAGGUCCGCGAUCACGUGACCAUCUAUUUUUGCUUUCUCCCCUGUCACUACAUUUCCCAUAUUGCCUCAGUGUUCACCAUGUGAUCGCAUUAGAUUGCGAUCACAUGAUUUUUUGAUUCUAUCUAUUAUUUCAACAAAUAACACUCGUUUUAUUAUUAAAUAUUAUGUAUUACUUUACAUUUUAAAUUAUGAAUACUAUGCAUUUUGUAUUUUUAUGUAUUUUUAUGUUAUUAAUCAUUUUGCUUUUUACACACUGUAUGGAUGACGUCAUUUUGGCGCCAAAAUUUGAAUAAGCAUGUUUUAUCAUAGUUUAUAAAAGUAUCUAUGUACCAGGCUGAUUUUUAUUAUUGCCAGUUGAUAAAGCCCUGUGUGGCGAAACGCGUUUUGGCUAUUUUAUAUAUUUUUUAUUGUACUAAUAAAGGAAUAGUGGCUUUUUUACAUCAAUUUUGCCAUAUACCUUUUUAUCUUAUUUUUAAAAAUUUUGUUUUAAAAAUAUUUCCUGUCACCUGGUCAUUCACCAACUUGGAAUCUACCCACGACCAAGAAUCCUUGGUGGGGAUUGUACCACCUAUGCGAAUAUACUGAGCAGUUUAUCCUGCUCAUUCGAAUGUGAGUAUUUGUAUUCCUUUUAUUUCACUUUAUUUCAUUUUGAUUCAGUGAGCACUAUAUUCUGCUUUUAUCUCCUUUUUAUUACCGAGGAAUUACCUUCACCUAUAUCCUACCAGUGGGGGAUAAACGCCACUGAACGCCCAACAUACUAGAGCAAGUUCAUGCUCUAAGAUAGGUGAGUGUACUACCUACCUAUUAUUAUUAUUUAUCACAGACAGUCUACACUAUUGGAUCGUCUUUGUUGCUUAUAUUUUCCAUGUUCAUCUCUGAAUCAAGACUCCUCUAAAGAUUAGAAGAUUCAGUCUCUUAUUGGACUCUCUACCUCCAAAUACUUACCGGAACCUGAAAGAGAAAUAUACCAAGUACUGUCACUAUCAUCCACUUAUUUGAACUUUUUAAAUUAUAUCAAAAAUUUGGACUAUCUUUUUAUAUAUAUAUUUGUUAUAUAUAUUUAUUAAAUCCCCUUUUCUUUAUACAUAUUAUUCCUCUUUUACGUUUUAAAGUGUUUUGCCAUAUUUAUCCCUUUUUCAUUUGAUAUUUACGUAGCGCAACCUAUUAUUCUUGUUUUUGUUAUUGCUCUAACACAUAUAGCUUACCAAAUGGUCUCUCAUUCAAUAAUAGAGUAUAAGGUGCAUGUCGAGGAAAAAAAAUACAAGAAAUACAAUAUAGUGCAGACGGUUUUUAAAAUAAUAAAAUUAUGGUGAUGUCUUGAUAAAUGGAACACUCACAUUUCAAGGAGCCUGUAUGGAGUACUGGCUCCGUAUUUUGGCGUGUGUGUUUUUUUUUUAUUUGUUUUUUUUUGGGUAGCACCGCCCGUCUCCUUCGGUAUGGGGUAUUUCUCAAAGACAAAAAUAGGAGAAGCAGACCAAUGUGUAGAUGGUGUUUGUGGAAACACAAUAUUUUAGAAAGAAGUGGUGUGCUCACCUGGUCCUGAGCCUGUGGGUCCCGGCUCUAGGUAUAUAGGUAUUGCGCCAAUUUGAAUGGGGAUGGCACUACCCCUGGGAAGAUACUCUUGAGGUUUCCAAAAAAGGAAUUAAAAGGAUCUUAAAUGAAAAGUAAUGGCUUUAUUCAAAUAUAAAACAAAUAAAAACAAUUAUAAAAAGUCCUUUAAAAUAGCCAAUACGCGUUUCACUCCUUGUUGUGGAGCUUCCUCAGUCAGCUGUGAUGUUUGGUACUCUGGAUCUUCCAUUUUGAAUGUUUUUUUGGGGUCCUCCCCUUUAAUGGCUGCAGUCCAUAUUGUCCAAUCAUGUUGGUGGUUACAUGUCCUUCAUAUGGUAUAUUAUGUGUCCCUUUAAUUGGAUCUAAUAACUGGCGCCUUUCUUAUCUCCGAAUUUCAUUGGUGGGCUGUGGUGGUUGGCGGAAGUUAUCCGCUUGCGUCCGGGCGGUUGGCGGAAAUGACGUCACGGACCCACGUGAUCGCCAUUCCGCCCCCGCCCGGAAGUUCCCUAACCCCUCCGUCAUGACGCACGCUAUUCCUGCGUGCAGGUUGGGGGGAGGGAGCGGUGUACGUCCUCUCCGGCAUUCUCCGCCCAUAGGGUGUGCUGGAGUGGUCCUAGGCUCCUCCCCCGGUCUGCAGCAGAAGGUGCUAAGCACAUGACAAAAGGAAGGAUGAAUCAGACUGGGGGAGGGGGGAAAAACCAUCUGGAUGGCCUAAUGUAAAUAAAUAAAAUAGAUUGCAAUGAAACAAAAUGAGAUUAUAUUAAUAGAGAAAAAUUAAAGAGCACUGAUUUGAUACCCAUAAUAGUCCUAUUGUGAAACUUACAGUGAUGCAUUAGUGAUAUUGAAAUGCUAGUGAAUGGUAAACAUUUCUUAAGGUGAUGGUUGAAUUUUGAGUGGUAUUCAUAAAAAUUAUAUCGAGAUGAAUUAGAAGAUAAAACCUAAAUGAUGAGAAUAAAUAAUACUAAUAGAAAUGGAUGUAAAUAUAAUAAAUCAAAAUUAUAAGAGUAAAAAUAGGGAUAAUGAAUGAAUAGAUAAAUAAAGGAAAUAAGAAUAAAAAUUGAGGUGUAAAAACUAUAUAUAAAGAGAUGAAUGGAAAUGAUUGAUAAAUAUUGUGAACUGAAUAAAGUGCUUAAUGUGAAAUUCUUUAUGUAUGUGUGUACAUAUAAAUUGAGGGGGGGAGGGGGGGUCACAAAUAAAUAAUUCAAAUAAAAUGGCAGAGUUCGAAGUCUAUAUUCAAACCUUGGGGUUUUAAGGUCCCAAGGUUGAAUAUCCACUUCAUCUCACUCUGUCCAAGUAAUUUUAAAAAAUCCCCUCCUCGCCAAUUGCCUUUUACCCUCUGUAUCCCCAUAAAUUUGAGGAGUGUGGGAUCGCUGUUGUGUGUUAGAGAGAAAUGAUGGGAUACGCUAUGUCCCUCAAAUUUUUUUCUUGAUGUUUCUAGUGUGUUCCUCUAUCCUGGUGUGUAAUUUACGUUUAGUGCGGCCCACAUAUUUAAGACCGCAUGGGCAUUCCAACAGAUAUAUUAUAUUGUUGGAAUGGCAGGUUAUGAGGUCUUUAAUUUUGGAAUUCUUCUUUACUAUUGAAGUUCUUAAAUUUUGUAAAAGGUCUUUUUUUAUUGUUCGUGUUUCUACAUGCUAGGCAUGUGCCGAUCCGUAAAAGACCUUUUCUUUAUCCAAGAAGGUAAUGGGUUUGGUAUUUUUUUUUUUAAAUGUUUUUUUACAGAGUCUAUUUAGAUUAGCAGCUCCCCUAAAUAUUACUUUGGGUUUGCGUGGUAAAAUUUGUGUUAAAGUGUCAUCCUGUAAUAAGAUGGGCCAGUGUCUGUUGAGGAUUUUUUAUUUUUUUUAAGUGUUUUAUUAUUAUAGCUGUAAUUGCAUAUUAUGGGUAGAUUAAUUUGUUCCGUAUUUUCUUUUCUGUUUUUUUCCCUUAAUAAAGUGCUCUGUGGAAUUUUAGAAACCUGUGUCAAUGUUUCUUUUAAUUUAUCUUCCUCCUAACCCUUCUCUAGCAGAUCUGAGAUUAAUUUAUUCGCUUGUUCUUUAACCCCUUAAGGACCAAACUUCUGGAAUAAAAUGGAAUCAUGACAUGUCACACAUGUCAUGUGUCCUUAAGGGGUUAAAAGUGGUAUCGUCUGUGCAAUUUCUUCUGAUGCGUAUGAGUUGUGACUUAGGAAUGCCAUGGAGAAAAAUGACAACUGGAAGUGUGGAUAAAACUAUUAACAUCCACAUCUUUAAAAUGGGUUUUGGUCUUAAUUUGGUCAUUGUCUAUAAAAAUAUCUAAAUCUAAAAAUGUCACGUUGUGUUUUGCCUGUAUCUUUUAAAUAGCUCGGGAUGUUUUGUACUAUGGGUUGGAGGCAUUUAUCCACAUACUCCGAGAGUCUGCAUGAUAUUGAAUUAAUACCUGAGACUGUCGGUCUACCAGGUGGUCGUUCUGGAUAUUUGUGUACCUUAGGGAGGUAGUAAAACACAGGGAUCUUUGGGUGGGUUAUGUUCAGAUAAUUAAAUUCCUUUUUGUUCAGGAUCUCCUUUUGUAGGCCCCUCUCAAUAAGUUCUAAGAAUUUAUUUUUAAUUUCACCUGUUGGGUCGCCCUUCAAUUUUGUAUACGUGAUGUGAUCUGUCAGUAAUCUCGUGUAUUCCGUGUAAUAUCUAAAAUGACUAUUCCCCCUCCCUUGUCCGCCAGCUUGAUAACAAUUUCAUUAUCUUUCUCUAAUUUUAAAAAUAAAUUCUCCCUUAUGUGUGCAUAAUUAGUGCAGGUUAAAGAAAGUAAUUAAAAAUAAAUUAAUUUAGUUUUUCUGAUUUACAGAAUAUAUAAUGUGUCUGGGAUUUAAAUUUUUUUUUUUUUCACCGCCAACCUCUGCUAAAUAUUGGAGUAAAAUUGUGUUUUGUUUUUGGCACACAAUCUUAGAACAAAAAUUCUCAUGUGUAUUUGGUAAAGUUGGUGUGUGCUAUUCCUGUACAAAGUUUUAUUUUGUGUUCCGUUACAUCUGCUGAGUAAAAUGACACCCCCAUUGUAUGUCUCUAUUUCGUGAAGCUACAGUGCCAUAUAGGAGACCUGUCCUUUUCAGUACUCAUAGUAGAAUUUUGAGACGGAUUUAAUGAGCUUAUGCUUCUAUUUGGGGUAUUAUACCAGUUUGACUGUUCAAAAAAACCCCACAAAGGUCUACCAUUUGUAAAAGUAGACACUCCAGGGUAUCUCCUAAGGUGCAUAUUGUGCCUUAACAGGCCCCCAUUUUUUCACCAAUAUAUGCCAAAGUAUGUAAUAAAUAAUUUUGUGCGUUGUUUUUUUUUUUUUUUUUUACAUACGAAUUGCAUUUUUGCUGGGCAUUUUGUAUAUUUCAUAUGUGCCAUUAAGUUCAAACCCCCCAAAUUAUGCUCAGCUAAGUCUUCUGAGUAAAGACACCCCCAAUAAAUGUCUUUGGCACUAUUUCUUGAAGCUACAGUGCCAUAUAGGAGACCAAGCCAUAUCAGUUUUUUUUAACCGAACUUUGAAUUUUGACGCUGGGCCUAUGUGCUAUUUCCAAGCCUCUUAGCAGGGUUUAAAUUCAAACUACCCCACAAGGCCUACCAUUUCUUAAAGUAGACACCCCAAGGUAUUUCAAAAGGUAUAUUUUGAACCUUGGCAUGGGAACAUUUUUCCGCUAGCUUGUACCAAGUGUGUGUUUUGCCUUUUUGACAGUGAGUUUGCACAGUAUAUUUUGCAAACCUUAUGUAUGCUACGACUGUAUAAUACUUCAUUUGUUGAUCAGCUAUGUGGUCUGAGUACAGCAAUACCCCCUGUAUGUACCUUUGCCAGGUAUAUGUGGAUGUUGAAGGAGCGCAUUUGAGACGCAGCUAUUCAGUCUUUUUCUAACUUUGAAGUUUUACGCUGUGUCCAUGUUCCAUUUUGGAGUAGUUUAGAUGGUUGAUUAUUGAAACUUCCCCCACAAACACAUACUAUUUAUUAAAGAAUACACCCUGGGGUAAUUCAAAAGGCAUAUUUUGAACCUUAGCGUGGGAUCAUUUUUCCUCUAGUUUGUUCCAGGUAUAGUGGUAAUUAGCGUUUUUAAAUGUGUGGUUUUUUGUUUUUUUUGUUUUUCUUUUAAAAACUAGUCUUUAAACUUUUGUUUUGCGUAUUAAUUUUUUUUUUACCGUUAACCCCUAACUAGCAGUAAACAGCACUAACCAUAAAUUCACAAUUUUCGCAUAACUCCCACCCACCCCAGCUAACAAAAUAUAUAAUUAUAAAAUAUUUAAAUUAAUUAAAUAAAUUGAACCCCUGAGGGUUAAAAAAUAAAUCCAAGUUAAUCCUCAGGGGUUAAAAAAAAUUAGAUCACAGUAUAAUACUGUGAUCUGUAGUUUGAUCACUGUAAGCAGUGAUCGAUGGGAAGGGGUUAAUUUUUAUUUGGACUGGGUAAAGGGGGGUGUUUUUUUUAUUUUUUACUUAAACGUUAUUACAACUUUUUUUAGCUUAAUUUUUAACUUUUUAAAGUUUAUUUUAAUUUUUUUUUUUUUUUACGUUAACCCCUAGUUAGCCUAACACCAAAUCCCCCAAUUCCCCACUAACUUCCACCCACCCCAGCUAGCUAAACAUAUAUUAUUUUAAUUAAUUAAAUUUAACCCCAGAGGGUUUAGAAAAAAAAAAUUAACCCUCAGGGGUUAAAAAAAAAAAAAAUCAGAUGCCCGUAAAAUGUAAUCCCUGCCAAUUGAUCACUGUAGUCAGUGAUCAAUUGGCAGGGAAGGGGUUAAUUUUUAAUUAAAAUGAGUAAAGGGGGGUGGGAUUUUAAAUAAACUUUAUUUUUUAACAGGGGGCAGGAUCAUCACUGAUCCGUCUCCCUGCACUUCACACAGGACCAGGAAGUGCAGGGAGGCGGAAGGUAAGUAUACUAAGCACAUGUGCUCGCUCUGAGAGGGUAGUGGAUGCAUGGAAUAGCCUUCCAGCUGAAGUGGUAGAGGUUAACACCGUAAAGGAGUUUAAGCAUGCGUGGGAUAGGCAUAAGGCUAUCCUAACUAGAAGAUAAGACUAGGGACUAAUGAAAGUAUUUAGAAAAUUGGGCAGACUAGAUGGGCCGAAUGGUUCUUAUCUGCCGUCACAUUCUAUGUUUCUUUGUUUCUCUGACAUGCUGUCAGAGCAAGCACGUGCUGGGGCAGCCUGAUCAGGUGCUCCUGGUCUGCCUCUAAUACAGAGGCAGACCGGAGCCCCAUUAACCUCGCGAUCGCUGCAAUCCGGGGUUAGUUUUAACAGGUGACGGACAAGGUCCGUCACUCGUAGUUAUGGCAAUCCCAUGAGUGACGGACCUCGUCCGUCACUCGUCCUUAAGGGGUUAAGUGAAUGAAGAGCUUUGUCCCUUUUUGAAACUGCUUUUGUUUCCAUAGAGUUUCCCAUAUGGGGCAAACCUAGCCACUUGGACUAAACAGGGACAAUAUGCCUUUAAGGGUUGCCGGUAUAUUUUGUGUAUGGAACUGUUUGCAUCUGCUGUAUCCUGCCUGCUGUAUUACUUGUAUUGGCUAUCUGCCGAACGCUGAUAGUCAUUUUCUAUUUCGUUUCCCGAACGGCACUUUUGCAAGCCGUUCGUGUACCGAAUGAACUAGCUUUCAAUAGCCCACACACUAAGAGGCGUGUGGCGCUUGUUAACCGAUUGCAACAAUUUUGCAAUCGGUAAUUCGAGGCUCUCCUAGGUGGCCGCCGUUCGACUACCGACCAUGCGGCGGUCGGCCAUCUUGGAUCCUUUGUUCCCCCAGCGGUGUUUGGUCGUCGAGCACAUGGAACUGAAAACGGCUACUCGGCGGCGCGAACACCGCUGGGCUUCCAGAGCAUUCGGGAGUCCCGGGACGUUCGGUAAUCUUGUUCAUUUAUAUCAAUCGGUAUUUUUAACUUGUAUUAUGAAUAAAGUGUUUUUUGUAUGGCGUUCGGUUGAUUUAGCUGGGAUCUGAGCGGUAUUCACACGAACGGUGUGCUCAGACCCCAUUCGUUUAAAUCUGUCAAGUAUAUGAAAAGCUAUAGAUUUUAAUGUGAAUUUUCGGUUCUGCUGCACGGAGGGAUAAUCCACUUAACGGUACAUUCCAGUGGGAGUAUUCCUCUCGUGCAGCAGUGCCUGAUGGGAGAAAAGCUCUGUACAUUAAGUUUCCCCUGUAGUCCACUCUGGGAAUGCCCCUGGAAUAGGACUCAGGAAACCCCUUGCAUGGGGAAUUGUAUAAAUUGUGGAGCUGUGAAUAAAGACCUCAGUUGACUCCCAGCCUAUGUGUCGUCUAGUUCUUGGGAGGGAAAGAAUACUACAGCGCUACCUGGAUUAUUGCAUGCUGAUUCCCCUGGAUUAUCCUUUCUUGUUCCUGUUACCCAGCGGAGAUAUUGUGGAUUAUACUGCCUCUCCGCUACACCAUAAAAAUUAUAUUGUCCAAAUAAUGAAGAUAUUUAGACAUUGUCUCAAUUCUGUGAUUAGGGUGAAAAUAACUUUAAAAAAAGGCAUGACUCUGAACUGGAAAUGGUCUCCUGGAAUGGAGAAUUUAAACUGAUGAGCUGCGUUUGGGAUAUUGACAUGGGCAUAUUUUUAAUUCCGUGGAGAUUAGCCAAUCUAAUUGAUACACCAUUGAGAUAAUUAAUGAGAUUCCAUUCUGAAUUUGUGGAAUGUUUGUUUGAUUCAGCUUGUGUAGAUUAGUGGUUCUCAACCCACUCUUCAAGUACCUCCUUACAGCCCAGGAUUUAGGGAUCACCCAGUUGUCUAAAGUGUUUUUAAGAAAAAAAAAAAACACUUUGGGCACAACAUGGUAAUCCCAAAAACCUGUACUGUUAGGGAAGCUCUAAGGACUGGGUUGGGAACCCCUCGUGUAGAUAAAUAGGUCUCCAAUUGCUGGGUUACUUCGGCAUUAGGAAAAGAGGCAAGUAGACUCUUCUGAAACUCUAGUGGAUGGAACCAUUGUAAUUAUCUUGUUGAUGUAGUGUAAUAAGGUCUUACUUUGGAGUGCUUGAAAAACUGCAAUUUUGAAAUUCUAUUUGACAUUCCAUCCUUAGGAUAGAGGCUACCCAGUGGUUCAUGUUUUGAAUGAGCCCAGUGCUCCCAGAAGUGAAGUCGGGCCCCCAACUUUAAGAUCUGGGAAACCAUGCCUUCAGAAAGUACAGGUGAUACUCGAAAAAUUAGAAUAUUGUGCAAAAGUUAAUUUAUUUCAGUAAUGCAACUUAAUAUGAGACGCAUUACAUGCCAAGCAAGAUAGUUCAAGCCGUGAUUUGUCAUAAGUGCGAUGAUUAUGGCUUGCAGCUCAUGAAAACCCCAAAUGCAUAAUAACUCUCUCCCCCGUAGAAGAGCUGGAGUCUUACGGCAAUCGCUUGAGAUCCUUUCUUACCGUGCAAGUAAAACCUUCUGUCCCUCUGCCUCCAUUAUAAUAAUCUUAGACUUCUCAUAAUCUUUCAAAAAAUAAAUCUGCAUUCCAAGACUUAAGCCUCAGGGCUUUUUGUGCUGUUACCAGUAAGGCCAUAUAUCUAGUUAAAGUAUGGAAUAGAUUACAAAAGAAAAUUUUAAUAAAUUCUGCAGCCCAUUUAAAUUCAGAAAGAGAUUCCACCAAAGAAGCUCUAUGGACCCCUAUCUCAAUGUCUUCUUCUAGAAGGGAAAGCCACUAAGUGAGAGCUUUAGCUUUAGUCUCCCCUCCUGCCACAUAAUCCUUGUGCAAAUUCAGAUCGAUCCAACAGUCCAUAUGGUCUGUGUAUAAGCAAAAAGACCACCCAAAUGCAGCGGUUUGUUGGGGAUAAAGAUUAAUUACUUCCCUUUAAAUCUAGGCUGUAACAAAGGAUUCCUCAAAUCCACACAAACCGAUACACAAAACAAGAUAUACCUAGAAAAAACAAAAGCAGAGGGAAACACCGUUUAGUAGAGCUGUUCCUGCUGUAAGUAUUGCACUCACAGAAUAGAGGAGUAGUGCAAAGCCCAUCGAGGUAUCUUUAGAUCUUGCAAUGAAAUUCCUCAAGGGUACAUGCAGAAAAAAGAACUGGACAUAGUGUGAAAUCUUAAUAAUAUAAAAAACAUGCUUUAAUUGAAGCACUUACAAAAAGUGGAAAAUAAAAAUGCUCAUCAAAGAUCUAUCCCUCUCUCCAAGAUGGUGAAUGAAAGGAGCAGGUUACAGAAAUUGCAGGCAGCUCUAUGUGUUUCGUCUAUAUAAUAGACUUCAUCAGGAGCAAUAACAAUAAAACAUGUAGUACAAUCAAAUGAAAUACAUCAAUAAAAGUCAUAUGUCUUCGGUCUUCUUUUAAAAGUCCCUCUCGCCGUAUUCCACGCCCUGUCUAACAAUCCGUGUGUUCUAUAACAGCUGUUCUGAGUUCUCUUGCGUCCAAGUUUAUAUAUGGACUUCUGCCUAGCCGUUGUGGAACGCACAUGCAUUCCACCAGUCCGGAAGAGAUCUUCUUUCUCUCCACGUCCCUCUGAAUACGUCAUCUAUCCGCGGCUGGAACGCAUAUGCGUUCCACUCCAGCCGCGGCACCAGGUGAAAGAAGAAUAGGAGCGAAAAAGAAAAUAUGUAUAAAUAUAUCAAAUCCUGGUUAUAAUAUCCAUACAUAUAUUAAACCCUAUAUAUUCAAAAAAUAGAUGUUGUAAAGACCAAAAUAUAUAGAAGUACCCAAAAACAAAUACCAUUCAACAAACAUAAGUCAUCAAAGAACAUAUUAGUAAGUUGACAAAUGUUAAAAUUUACAUCAACAAUCAUGACAUUAGUUGACACAUGAAACAAUCAAGAUGACUUAUGACCAUAUGGUCUCUUAACAAGGCUCAUCAAUAGGUAAGGCUAUUUCUACUCAAUUUGUAGCCAUAUCUAUUUGAGGCACUGAAUCCCAAGUUGAAGUGUUUUUUAUUUAUAUAUAUUAUAUAGUAAAUUUCUUGAGUCUUCAUUUGGUCCUGCUGGGUGUCAUACUCCCCUUCUUAGGAAGAAACCAUAAAUCUUCAAAGGGGAGGUCAGUCUUAUAUGCUGGGUCUUCUCACUCUUCUUUAUGUGUCGUGUGUGUGCUUGCAAGACCUAUGCUGUUCUAUACGUUGGUCCAUGCUCAUCUGGAUCCACUUUAACAUAUACUGAGAAGGUUCUUUUGAAUGGCCUGCAGCCUUUUCUUCUUUCAUUUCAUACUACACGUAUUUGAAAAGAAAUUCGAACAUUGCACCCAGGAACGAGCUAGUGUAUCUUCUAAUCGGCAAUUUAAGCACGACAAGUAAUUCCCAAAGAACCAGAUUCUAAUUGGGCAGACUCGUGCAUGCACAUAACUUGCUCAAAGAUUUGGCUGUCUCAGAAGGCGAAGUGCUGAAAAAGAGAAAUAAAUGGAAGGAGGAGAUUGCUCAAAUGGGUAAGAACAUGCUGGUACUUAAGACAAAAAAAGAAAUAAAGCCAGAUUCAGGCUUGAUAACAUCCCAUGGUUGCACAUAGCAGGAAGCUCCCUAUCCAUCCAAGGACCACUAAUGAUCACAGCACAUUUAUUGUAUUCUUGAUACAAAGUAAAACCCUUAUACCCAAGAGACUGUUCCAAAACAGUGCUAUGUACUGGGGUCUUGCAUGAGAGAGGCUGGUCUCUUUUGGGAGUGCUAAAUAUUAUUCUUGGUAAAGAAAAAGAAACGAGCUGUAACAUGCAAUAUUAAACAAAACCCUGUUCAGUCGACAGGAUAGGGAGGGGAAAUCUGGAUUUUUCAGGGUGAGUGUCCUAUUUUUAUAAUUUAGUGGGUGGAGCGAACACUAUUGUUAUGCUGCCAUGGAUUGCCCAGAAAUAGAAUUUCAGGAGUGCUUACCAUCACUGUUAUCACUUGAGUCCACAGGCCUCGCCUAAGCAGAAGUAGUCACGUUAUUUUAGGGGUCAGCUUGCCUAGUGAAUAUAGGUCUAAACCUAUAUAACAGCCAUAUAAUUCUGGGGCUCUAACAAGCGUCUAGCAGGAACCUCCAGGUGUUAGACUAGAAGGGGGAGGAACAGGCCCAGCAAAUGUUUUGUUUACUUACACUGGAGGACCAGGGCACUCUUGGGGUGCUCCUCGAGCAAAUGAAAAGUGUAGAAUUUUCAAUAUAAAACUUACGUUAUCUUGAACACUGACUGGCAUGUGGUUGAUUAAAUAAGCAACUGGUUUGAUUGAUAUUUGGGGCUAUAAUUGACCCCAGUACAGUAAGAGGAAUACAAAGUUCCAUUGCAUGUAAAACAGAAUUUAGUCCUACAAGGGAAUGCCAAGUUGCCAUGGCACGUCUUAGGUUGAAAGUAAAAUAAUUUAAAACAAAAUAAAUAUACCUCCUGCAAUAUGUGAACAUAUUUCCUAUUAACAAGUAAAUGUAGUCGACUCUAGAAUGCAACACCUGCUCAGCCUGGUGUACUGGAUAAUUAUAGAAAUGGUUAAAGGGUCACUCCAGAAAGCAUUUCAGCUUUCUGUGCUAGUUUUAGAUACACCUACAAUGAAAAAAACAUAAUUAAAUGCAGUUUUUUUGUUUUUUGGUUAGGCAUUGGAGUGUCCCUUCUAGAACCUGCAGGCCAUGUACAGUUUAGCUUUUAAACACCAACAUGGCACAAAGUAGCUAUAUUUGGGUAUCUCUUUGUAAGUAGUGGCUAGCUUGAAAACUCUUUGCUGUCCAAGGCAAAAUUGUUUUGUAUGAGUGGUUUGUAAGAAUACCAUAACCAGUACCACAAGCUGUUGUAAGUUUGCUUAGAGUGACCAUUGUAAGCCAUAGACAGAAAACAGAAGUAUUGUCAAUCCUCCUGAUGUUACAGAAUAUAUUGUAUUGACCGGUAGUGCUUUGGGGAAAAAAAUGGUUACUUUUUUCAGGAUAAACACCCUAAAAGGUGGAUACUGCAGAAUGCAUGGAAAAAAUCCAAACACUGUGGUUAAUUGCUCGUAAUCACAAGUUAGGGCUACAAUCUCUUGCAGUGUUUGUGGUUGUGUUUUUUGUUUUUUUUUUGUGUUUUUUUUUUUUUUUAUAUAUAUAAAUAUAAAAGAUUUAACAAUGUAAAAAUUGACAUUAUGGUCUGUCAAUCUUUAUCAUUUCUGUAGGCAAAAAGAGCAGGAGCAACUCUCUGCCCUCAAGAAACACCAUGAAGAGGAGAUAGACCAUCACAAGGAUGAAAUUGAUCGUUUGCAAAAGGAGAUAGCACGCCGCAAGCAAAAAAUCAAGGAGCUCAAAAACGACGAUUAAAUUAGUGGAUAAUUGCAUCUCUAUUGUGUGUUUUCUGUUUGAGGUUCACUUAAUUCACAAAGCUUGUAUGGAUGUAAUAAAUAUAAACCUUACUAUUUCCUGUGGUGUACACAGUGUCUUGUUAUUGUACAUUGGGUAGUCUUCUUAAUGAAGAUCAAAUGAGAUUGUAACCUUUUUAAAGAUCACAAUGUAAUCCAUAAAGGUCCUUCAUUACUAUACACUGUCCAGAUUAUUUUGCAUUUGCUGGUCUACACAGCUCUGGAUUUGUUAAAUGAGUGGGGCC